AUUUAUCUUAUGAGUUGUACAACUAAUUUUAAAAUCCCUGGUAUGCUAUUAGGAAAUGAUGUAAAGUAGUUCAAUAAAUAUACAAAAUUUAUUAUUGAUACUGAUGCUGGAGGUGAUGAUGCUCAUGCUAUCAUGAUGGCAUCAUAUAUAUUAAAAUACAUAAGAAAAGAUGCAGAAUUAUUAGGAAUAACUUGUGUUUCUGGGAACGCUAGUUUGUAUAAUGUAGUUAAAAAUGUGUAUAUAACAUCACGCUAUUGUCAUUUUGAAUAACCUCCAAAAAUAUAUAAAGGAUGUGAAUAUGAUAGUAUGAGAACUUUUCACAGAGACUUCUUUUUCAAAGAGGAUGGCUUUGGAGGAGUUUAAAAAUAAUAUUUACAAGAACUAAAUAUAAAUGAAAAUGAAUAAUUAUAUGAAAAUAAACAUGCAGUAGAUUUUAUAAAAGAAAGCAUUUAAAAAUAUGAAGAUUAGUUAUGUAUAAUUUGUAUAGGACCAUUGACAAAUAUCUAUAUUACUUUGAUUCAGCAUCCUUAGAUUGUGAAUUAAUUAGGAUGUUUGUUUUGUAUGUGUGGAACAUAUAUGGGAAUUGGAAAUCAGGUAAAUGGAAUAGCUGAAUUUAAUAUAGCUACAGAUAUAUUAGCAACCAAAAUGGUAUUAAGAGCAGAGUUUAAGAAUAAAAUAAUAUUACCAUUUGAUACUGUAUUGUCAUAUUCUUUAGAUAAGGAUGUUGGAGGUAGUAUAUUUAAUGUUCAAUACAACAAAAUAACUAAGUUGAUUCAUGAUAUCUAUAAGAAUGUAUUAUUUGAAACUUGUUAUUAUUUAUGUGAUGGUAAUAUAUUGUAUAUUAUUAUUAGAAUUGGCAAUUGUUAUGGCAAUGAUACCAGAUACAAUAACUUAAACAUUAAUGAGAGGGGUACAUAUUGUUGAAGAUGGAUUUGCAAAAGGUGCUAUGAUAGUGAAUUGGAUUGACAAAAUGCGAAAGGAGGACACAUCUGAAGUAGCAAUAGUCACUUAAUUCGAUUGGAAUUAAAUGAUAGAAAUAGCAUUAAAAACAAAUUAAGAAUGAAC